AUGUUGUAUCUAUUUGUGACUGUUAAGUGUGAGUCUCAAAUUCCUUCUAUAAUAAUAUCAGAUGUCUUAUUUGAAAUUGAUGAUUAUCUUACAUUUCAAGACUUUUUACAACAAGCUAAUAUUGAGUAUGAAGUCAAUGAGUUAGUAAAAGUUAAAAUUCACUGUGUAGGAAAUAAACAAUGUAAUACUUUUGCAUCAGCUCAGUCUACAGAAUGUUCUCUUUCUCCACCAAAAUCUGAUGGAAAAGAAACUACUAUAGGCAAACAGUUUUUAGAAAAUUUUAAUAUAUUACUUUGGAAACUUGAUGAACACCAUCAAAAAUUAAAAGAGCAAGGCUGUCAUCUUCCAGAAUUUAUUUUGUCUUUGCAUGGAUAUCAAAAUAAUUA